AUGCUCUGCCCUCCAACCAUGCGUCCGGCCAGUCCCGCCGAAUCCGAAAUCUCCGUGGGCGGAGCCCCCAGCCCCCUGCCCACGCAGCACCAUACGCAUCCGCACUCGCAUCCACAUCCGCUGCAGCAUCCGCGGGCCAGCACCAUCGAUCUGCUGCAGCAGCAGCAGCUGUUGAUGCAGCACCAUGCCGCAGCAGCCGCAGCAGCAGCUGCAGCCGCCUCCGGACUCACCCGGAGUGCCGUCGGCAAUCUGCCGGAGGACUACUUCCAUCCGCUGAAGCGCCUGCGCAUGUCCUCGUCCUCCUCGGAGCCUCGGGACCACACACCCAGUCCGCCGGCAGCAGUUCCGGAGCCCCAGAGCAACCAGACUACGAAGUCUGCCAUCGAGGGGGUCAAAAGCUUCUCCAUCGCGGAUAUCCUAGGUCACUCGGAAAAGCAGCGCGAGGAGUCCGUUUCCCCGCCCCCAAAUGCGAAUCUCCUGGCUCCACCUGCCUCCAGGCCCAUUGCCCCGCCGGGCGGAUUACUGCAGCCACGCACAGAACCGCUGGAUGUCCACCCGGCUGCCGCUGCUGCCAUGCUCCUGCCAAGCGGCCAGAUUGUCCGCCCGUGGGAUCACCUCCUGGGUCCGACCAUGCCCGUCCGCCCCUUCAUCCCCUCCGCCCUGCUGCACUACGAGCAGCGCCUGGCCCUGGACUACCAUCGCCAGCUGCAGGAGCACUUCAACGCCCAGGCCCAGCUGCUCCGCCACAUGGGCAUGAAUCCCGCGAUCAUCGCCUCCGAGGACGGCAGUUCGGAGCGUUCCCAGCGAUCGAGCAGCAGCAAUGGCAGCACCGAGUGUUGCAGCCCACGGCAGGCGGAAAAACUUGAAAAACUAACCACCCAAGAGGCUAGUGAGGAAGCUCAAAAGAAGAAGUCGGAGGAGCACCCAACGGGGUCUGGAAAAUCCAACGGAGACACUCCUCUGGAUGCCCUCUUCCAGAUGACCACCAAGGACUUUGACGAGUCACAAGAUAAAUCCCACUUGGACAUCUUCUCGAACAGGCCGCAGCCAAAGAAGAAACGCAAGUCGCGCACCGCCUUCACCAACCACCAGAUCUUCGAGCUGGAGAAGCGGUUCCUCUACCAGAAGUACCUGUCGCCAGCCGACCGCGAUGAGAUCGCCGCCUCACUGGGACUGUCCAACGCCCAGGUGAUCACCUGGUUCCAGAACCGCCGGGCCAAGCAGAAGCGGGACAUCGAGGAGUUGAAGAAGGACUUCGAUAGCGUCAAGGUCUUCUCCGCCCACAAGUCCUUCCUGGAGAACGUCAACGAUCUGAGCAUUCUGAAGAAGAAGCCCAUGCAUGAGUCCGACAUGGUGGGCCUGGCCGCUGCGGCAGCCGCUGCGGGAAUGGUGGUUCCUGUGCCGGGAUCCGUGGCUAUGGGAGGCGCUCCGCCCAAAUGA